GCGCUGUUUACCUCCCCAAUCCUGUGCUGUGGCCAGCUGGACAUAAACCAUAAUUCAGACAGUCUAAACUAUUCCGGAAAUACAAAUGUAAGGUAUUUUACAUUGAAUCCUUCACGGAGUUAUACAGACACAUAUAUUAGUAAUACUGUAGUAAAGGUGUCAUGAAUAAAGAGAUCAUGUCGCGUGUGGUGAAGAAGAGGCAGGCGGACCCUAAAGUGGUUCAGUACGUGUGGGCCGCCAUUGAGGUCAUACGCAACCAGAAACAAAUUGCCAACAUGGACAGGAUCUCAAAGUACCUGAGCCGUGUGUUUGGCAUGCACCCAAAGGAGACAGCCAGGCAGCUGAGUCUGGCAGUGAAGGAUGGCCUGGUCGUAGAGACUCUCACUGUGGGCUGUAAGGGCUCCAAGGCUGGCAUCGAACAGGAGGGCUACUGGCUGCCUGGAGACGAGCAGGAGCCCAAUGCCGACGGAAGCAAGACGGAGAAGGAGCCGCCAGAGGAGGAAUGGGAGGCGGAGAGCCACGACUGGUACUGCUUCGAGUGCCACCUGCCCGGAGACGUGCUUGUGUGCGACAACUGCUUCCGUGUCUAUCACCUAAAAUGCCUGUCUGAUGAGUACAAGCCCCGGGACAGUGGAUCCCACUGGCAGUGUGUGGUGUGCAGGGGUAGUAAAAAGAAGAACCUGAACAAGCAGGAGAUGUGCAGAUACCUGCGUUUUAUCAUUCAGCGCAUGAAAGAGAGGGCCGUGGACCUGAACAAGAAAGGCAAAGACACUCAACACCCGAUGUACAGAAGGCUCAUCCAUACCACGCUGGACGUCUCCAACAUUCAGGAGAACCUAACCGAGGGGAAAUACAAGAGCUUCGACGAGUUCAAGGCAGAUGCCCAGCUGAUCGUGCACAACACCGCCAUCUUGUUUGGAGUUCAUAGUGACCAGGCUGAAAUAGCGCGGUUGCUCUACAGUGACACAUGCCAUGAGCUGAACGAGUUGAUGCUGUGUAAGAACUGCUUCUUCCUGUCCAACGCUCGGCCUGACAACUGGUUCUGCUACCCCUGUACUCCUAAUCAUGAGGUUGUGUGGGCUAAGAUGAAGGGCUUUGGCUACUGGCCGGCCAAGGUCCUGCAGAGAGAGGACAAUCAGGUGGACGUCCGCUUCUUUGGCCACCAGCACCAGAGAGCGUGGAUCCCUGCAGACAACAUCCAGGACAUCAAAGUGUCGGUGCAGCAGCUGCAGGUGAAGCGCAGCGCGAGCUGGAAGAAGGCCUGUGAUGAGCUAGAGCUGUCCCAAUGCUUUCAGAGGGAGGGCCGCUUCUGGAAAACCAAGGCGGUGGAGAGGCUGGAGGAGAGGAGAGGAGACGGAGAAGAGAGGCUGACAGAGAGGCCGGAGGAGGCAGAGUACUCAAUCUCCUCCACCAGCAACAACAACGAUCAGGUCAAACAUCCGAAAGCAGACAGACAGGCAGAGCGAGACCAUCAGCCAGACAGGCAGGAGCCUAAAGCAAAGAAGAGCCGUCGCAGUCAAGCUCCUGAGCCCAAAGAGGAAGCCACUGACCCGGAGCCUGAGAUGGAGGCUGUGAGCAGCAGCCAGGAGAUCCCCGUGACGACGCCCCACCAGCCAGAGAAGCUGUCUGUCUCCACGCAGACCAAGAAGGCCUCAGCCACCUCGCCACGCAGCCUGCACCGCAGCACCCAGACCACCUCUGACGGAGCCUGCCAGAACAUGUGCCACGAGAAGUACACCAAGAUCUUCAACGAUGUCAAGGACAUGAUGAAGGCCGACAACCAGAGGGAGACGGAGCGCAUGGUUCGAGAGGCCCUGGAGAAGCUGCGUUCUGAGAUGGAGGACGAGAAGAGGCAGGCGGUGAGCAAGGCAGUGUCGGGGGGCCAGGCUGAGAUGGAGAGAAAGUGUAAGACGGUGAAGGAGAAGUGUAAGGAGGAGCUGGUGGAGGAGGUGAAGAAGAUGGUGGCCCAGCACAAGCAGCUCAUCUCCACCACCAAGAAGAAGCAGUGGUGUUAUAACUGUGAGGAGGAAGCCAUGUACCACUGCUGCUGGAACACCUCCUACUGCUCCAUCAAGUGUCAACAGGAGCACUGGCACGCCGACCACAAACGCACCUGCCGCAGGAAGAGAUGAACAACAACCCCCCCCCACCCCCCAUUGGCUCUCCCCUGAUGUAACUUACCCAACCACACCCCUACCUGACUUCCUGAACACUUUCUGGACCGAAUAUAUGCGGGAAAAAAUAGCUAUUUUCAUUUUAUUUCAGUACUUUAUUUAAUAUACCCAGUGUAUCGAUUUUAAAAAAAUAUAUAUAUUAUCAAGAGCAUGGCUCGAAUGAUUGUUUUUUAAUUUUUUUUUAUGAAGUGCUAAUUUGACCUAUGUUGCAGAAUGUUAUUUAAGUGUCUAGUAACAGAUGAACAUUAACUGAAAACAUUUUAUUACCUGCAUUUUUUUCACUUUUCUUACUGUUAAUGUUUAACAAUGAAUAUUACAGUCGAUCUUAUACCGUAAGUACUAUUGCAGCGUUGAAUAAGCUCUGCUUUCAUACAGAAAAUAUUUUUUUAAAUGCUGAAAAUCAUGAGAAACAAAAUGUAAUUGUGAAAAAAGGAAAUGAUCCAUAAUUUUUUUUGCAUGAUUUUAUCAUGAACAUAUUUUGGUAAAUGGCACCUUUUUAUUGUUUUUAUCCAUUUUCAAGUCUCUUAAACGUCGUUGGGAACAGGGUUAUGAAGUCGGCUAUAAAGAUGCUGACAAAUCUUCCCUUUGUUAUUAUGCACAUUUUGAAUAUACUGUCAUUUUUAUGAAUUAAAGAAAAAGUUAUACAUUUCUUGGGAAUAUAUAGCAAUCUUUACUGAGCUGGAUCUUAGAGAGGUUCCUUCAUAAUUUGACCGUUUGCACAUUUAAUUUCAUGACCCAAAUGCUUUGUAAUAUUGCCAAAAAUGACAUUUGUUAAACCGUAUCUUAAGAGAAAGUGCGUGCUGUUUUUUCCCCUCUUGUUUAUAGUUGGCACCAGUGCCAUGGUUAUUGUGAUGUUCACUGUAAGUACGGUUUUAGAAUGCUCAGUGACUAGUUAGACAUUCACUGCUUAUGCUGUUGGUGGUCAGUGCCUGUUUUUUCAAAACUAUCCUCAUAUUCUGAGUGAAGAGAUGUGCAUGUUGAUAGUUCCACAUUUUUACUACUAGAAAAAUAACAAGCUUGCAAAGUAUCUCGGUUUCCCCAUAGACAAUGAAUACAGAUGGACCAAUAUAAAAUAUGCAAAUAUCAACGGUGAUCAGGCUUAUCUUUUAGUACUUUUUCUUUUUUCUUACUGGAGUCUGAAUGGUGUGCAAUGUUAUUAUCCUUUGCUUAACUUGUCUUGGAUCAUUUCUUAAAGGGUAAUGUAAUUGCCAAUUUUAUUUAGAACAGAAGUACUAACCAAGAGGCUAUUUGGGAAGUCAGCCAUUAUGGAAGUCCAUGUGACUGUUUCCUUUGUUAUGAAGAGCUGACUGAACAGAGGAAAGGUCAUCCCCUGCAUUCAUUUUGCCUAGUUUUGGACACCCGGUUUUCAAUGAUGGCAACUCUCUCUUCUUCCGUUAGCUCCGACAAAGUGUAUCACUUUUCAGAGCUAACACAAUUUUUUGUAUUCGUUAGAACACGAUGACAAAUAAUGGCGUAGACUAUUUCUUUUCAAUCUCUUUCUCUUACCCUAACACCCAUAGUCUGUUUUGUUGUUUUUCAAUCAGAGAAGCAGUGUAAUGUUUUAGAAGUAAUGAACAAACUGCCUGAUUUGCCACAUGUAAUCAUGUUCUGUUUAAUCCUGAUACACUUCCUCAGGAGACUGAACAGAAUCCUGAUGCCCUGCACAAAUGCCACAAUCUCUCCGUGUCUCAUGGUGUUAACAAAAUCAUAUUCUGUUUGUCAUGGUUGCACAUGUAAAUAAACUGGUUCCUUUACACCAUGUCAUUCUAAUGCGAUUAAAGGCAACACACACUGA